GGAGCGACAGAGCAUGGUGGCGGUCGGGCUGGGGCUGUGGCUCCUGGCCUUGUUGGUGGCCUUGGGGCCGGCAGGGGUGUGGGCCCAGCUGAGGCUGGUGGAGACCGGCAGAGGGCUACGAGUAGCUGGGGACUCUGUGAACCUCUCCUGCCACGGCUCUGUCUUUAACAGCUUUGAACGUUAUGCAGUUUGGUGGUACCGUCAGACACCGAAUGGAAUACGUGAAUUAGUUUCCAUCUGCUGGGCCUUGCGUAAAGCUUUUUAUGGUGCAGUAAUGGAAGGUCGAGUCACAGUAUCCUGGGACAACUCCCAGUCCAAGUCAUAUCUUUCCCUGCGUGACCUGCAUCUGCAGGACUCUGCCCGCUACUACUGUGCCAUUCUGUACCACUUGCAGAGUGAUAGGACUGCUCGUCUUGUCUUUGGGACUGGGACUCAACUGACUGUGGAACCAAAAAUACAAAAAAGUUCUGACCCAGAAGUCAUUAUGAUUAAAUCAAAGAAAUUGAAGGAAGAUGGCAGCACUGGGAAAGCAGCUUGUUUGGCAAGAAACAUUUAUACAAAGAACAUCGUCUUGGAGAUGUCCUCUGAUGAGGUCCUAUAUGAACAGAAUAGAUCCAUCCUGACAUCAGAGUCAUUGUACAAUACCAUUAAGGUGGUCAGUGUGAAAAACAACAUGGAUGUGACCUGUGUGGCCAAAUUUGAUGGCAGUACUCUUACAGCCAACACAACAUUGCCAGAACAGAAGGCUGAAGGACCAGUAUCAGGGAAGGUUUGCAGCACCACAGGCAAUUCUGCAGAAGCAGAUCCCAAAGUGGAAAAAACAAAUAUGCUGGCUAUGGCUGUGCUGGGUUUGAGAAUCCUGAUGGCAAAAAGCAUUGCUUUCAAUACAGUCAUGAGUGUCAAAUUGUUUCUCUUCUGAGGCAGUGGGGAAGCAAGGCAACAGCGAUCUGAAGAUCAGGAGGAGAGAGCAUGAACCACAACUGUUUAAACAGCCAGUGUCAAAUCUGAUGACAAUAACGGCUCAGAACACACA